AUGUCUCAAGACUUACCACCAGUCAAGACUCGGGUGCUGAAAGUGGGCAAGGAGAUUCUUGGAAAUUUUGGUCCAAGCGAGCACGUGGGACGAUGGGAAGUCUCGACGGAACAGUCCUCGAGUAUCAAAGUUCUGGAAGAAGCCGCGGAUUACCUCAGGACCAAAGAUACCCCUGUUGGGUUCCCAACAGAGACCGUCUAUGGACUCGGUGCAGAUGCCACGAGAAGUGGAUCGGUGAAGGGGAUUUACACAGCCAAGCGCAGGCCGCAGGAUAAUCCCCUGAUCGUACACGUCGCGGAUCUGGAGAUGCUGCGGGAUCUUCUCAAGCCUACGUCGGAUGGCGCUACUACGAACGGGCACGCAGACCCCAUCCCGGAGAUCUAUAAGCCGCUCAUUUCAAAGUUCUGGCCAGGUCCACUUACAAUACUGCUACCAAAUCCAGAGUCGUCUCAGCUAGCCCCGGAAGUCACAGCAGGGCUCAAGACGUUCGGCGCACGAAUGCCGUCGUCCCCUCUCGCCUUAUCAUUGAUCAAACUGACCGGCAAACCUCUGGCAGCGCCUUCUGCUAACGCUUCAACGCGCCCUUCGGCCACCACUGCUGCCGAUGUUCUGGAGGAUAUGGAUGGGCGCAUCGAGCUCAUCCUCGACGGCGGCUCUUGCCAGGUCGGGGUGGAGUCUACGGUGGUGGACGGACUCUGCUCGCCACCCGUAGUAUUGCGACCCGGAGGCGUGAGUAUUGAUGAGAUUAAAAGCUGUGUCGGCUGGGAGGAGGUACAGAAGGCAUACAAAGAUCACGCCGAGGUCGGUGGAAAGGGCGAGGCGCCGAGAGCCCCGGGCAUGAAGUACAAGCAUUACAGUCCCAAGGCAAGAGUGAUAUUAUACGAAGCAAGCUUCGAGCAUGGCCGAAAAGGAAUUGCGGAAGAGGACAUCGACACGAUUAGCAACCUUUCGAAAGGGGCAGAAGAGGCCGAAUCAACAUCGACGAGCAUCGGGAUCAUCAGGACCCAACGCUGGGCCCCUGGCGCCAGUCUUCGAUGCGCACAAUUCGCCUCAAAAGGGUCAUCAGAUGACAUAGAAGGCGACCUUGACGUACAAGAAAGCAAACUUUUGAGUGCCCAAGGCACACCUAUUGGACGGGUAUUUGAUCUGAGUAUAGGUCGAGAUGCCAAGAGCGUAGCUCAGGGGCUAUUCUCAGCACUAAGAGAACUGGAUCGGAGAAAGCCAGAUCUGAUAUUUGUGGAAGGGAUUCCCGAUAAAGACGACAUCGCGGCGGCAGUUAUGAACAGGCUGCGCAAGGCAGCGUCAGAAACCAGGUCGUAG